UGGAAAAUGGCGUCUCCGAUGUUAUGCGAUGUUUAUUUUUAUUUAUAUCCGUAAAAACUCGAGUUAUACCACUACAAUAAUGAUAAUAUUUGUGUAGUACCAGCAAUAAGUAACGUGUGUACCGCCAUGGCUACUACUUCAGAGGUUCCGGCUUCGACUUAUAUCGAUAGUUCGUCCGACGACGAGUGUUUAUCUUUAGUGAAACGAAAAGCUGAAAUCGCUGAAGAAAGUAAUAAAAACUGUAAAUAUGAGGAGGAUAGUGAUGAUGAUCCUAUCAUGGCCGGGGUCCUGGUGACCGUGGAAGUCGAGGAAAUGGACGAGGACUGUCCUUUAGAGUUCAACAAAAAUGACAGACUCAAAAAACCAAAAAGAAGAAAAAAGUCAAAAGAAAUUGAGAAGAAAGUGAAAAAGUCUAGAAGAUUCCGAUGUACUGCUUGUGAUGCUGAGUUUAACACUUCUGCUGACCUCAAAACUCAUGGGCUUGAACAUCAGGUUAAAACAAGACACAAAUGCGAGAUAUGCGGUCGCUACUUCAAGAAGGCGUUCAGCUUACGGAUGCACUCCAAGGUGCACAUGGAGAAGGCGGCUCCACAGUGUCCUCUGUGCGGUCUCAAGUUUAAUAAUAAGAAUUAUUUGGCUAGACACAUGUCGACGCACGAAAGAACAGAGGAAUGUGAGAUAUGUCAGGCUAAGUUUCAUACAAAAUCUCAGCUCAAGAACCAUACGAAACAGGCGCAUUCUAAGAGAAAAUUAGUACCGGAGACUACAACGAAACCAGUCCACAGUCGAGAAACAAACCAAACUUCCUCAGCGGACGGAGAAAACACACAAUCAGACAACGAUUUAAAAACUACAGAAGAACCGCCAUUUUUAUACAACCAGUACGAAAAUCUAAAACGCGAGGAUCUUAACCAUUCUACUCAAUGUGCAAUAGUCAGCAAAAUGCAUAAAGGACGAUCAGUUUCUGAUGUUUGUAGACUAUAUAAACUAACACCGGAGAUAGUCAACGAAAUUUGGGAAGACAGAGAAAAGUAUGCACUACCCAAAAAGGUAGGUAAAAGGACAACUAGGUAUAUGAAUAGUGUUUUAGAUACAAGAAUAGUUGACUGGUUUCAUAGCCAAAGGGCCAAUGAUGUACAAGUUUCAGGUAAAAUGUUACAAGAUAUAGCGGAGUCCUUUGCCAAAGAAAGCGGUUUUGUAGCUUUUAAUGGCAGCAAGAAAUGGUUAGACAGGUUUAAAAAAAGAUAUAAUAUAAGUCUUAGGGGUACCCCUUGUAAGAGGGAUUAUCAUAAUCAGAUGGAGUCGAAGUGGAAGAAUCAUUUUUUUAGAGAGCAAUGGAGCGAUGCUAGGUUAGGGAUACCGGAUGAAGAUAUUUAUACAGCUGACGAAUUUGGCUUUUACUACAAUCCUUCAAAAGGUAGAAUAAAAAAGUUAGCAGGCAAAAAGUAUAUACAAGGCUACGUCAAAGAUAGGUUAUCUGUGUUCCUCUGCGCAAACAUGCCAGGGACAGAUAAAAAAAAAUUGCUAGUCUGUGGCACGGAAGAUCCGCUCUUACAUUCGUUCAGAAAUCCAGACACUUUACCUGUUACUUAUAUUAGGCAUUCACAAGCCCAUUUCACGACGCAAAUGUUUGAAGAAUAUGUUAAAUUUUGGAAUAGGGAACUUAAAUUAAAAAAUCGGAAGGCAAUAUUAGUGUUAGACAGAGCAACUAUACAUUCUAAACUUCAGUUGUCACAUCUAAAAUUAGUUUUCGUACCCUGGAAAGCUUCUAACGGCUUAAUACCUAUGAAAAAUGGAGUUUCGGCGAAAUUUCGAGAAGAAUUUCGGAGAUUAAUAUUAGAAGAAAAAGCUAUGAAUGUUCUUAGAGGCGUUGAUAGGAAUUUAACUUGCUUAGAGGCUCUAAGUAUGCUAGAAAAGGCUUGGGAAAGAACGCCACCGAAAGCUAUUACAAAAAGUUUUAUAGACACCGGAUAUGACGUGUCGGUACCAGAAACUGUCGGUUCAAUAGACAAACCGAAAGUUUGUGAAAAUGACGAGGAAAUAUUAGCAAAUAUGUUAAAAGAUUAUGAUGUUGAAUCUUAUUUUACUAAUUUAAGCAAUUUAGAUCAGUAUUUGACAGUUGAUGAAGAAUUAGUUACGGGUCAAGGGACUAACGGAUCGGUUUUUGGCGGGAAUCAUAAAGUGACAGAUGUCAUAAAUGGCGCGGAGAAAGAAAAGGAGGAUUUAAUGCCUCUAGCCACAGAUAAGCCAGAGUCAGAUGAAAAGGAGGUUCUAGUUAAAAAGUCUAGGGCGUUACAAGAUUUGGAUAUAGUGAGAAAAUAUUUGCAAUCGAAUGCUACAUCUUAUGAUACGUUUUGUUGUUUCAUGGAAAUUGAGAAGUUCGUCAUGCAAACUGUUAUUGGUUGAUGUUUAGUUAUUUUUAACCGACUUCUGAAAAACGAGGUUCUGUCAAAAAGUCUGUUUUUUUAAGUAAAAUUAACAAUGGUACAAAGAAAUCUAUGGAUCAUGUAAUUUUUUAAAUCUAUUGUUUUUGCUUAGGCGUAGUUUUAAAGUGGUUUUUGCCGCUAAAGUUGUAAGAAAUAAAGUCAAAAUUAAUAAAUUUUUGGGCUUAUACUAAAAAGCUUUUUUAGACCUAGUCAAAUUGAUAAUCUAGUUCUACAUAAAAAUUGGUACGAGUUACCUAAAUUUUUUUUCAUGAAAUAUUGAAAAAUCUCUUUCCUUCUCCCUCUCUUUUUUUAAGGGAAUUGAGAAUAAAUUACGUACCUACAUAAUUAUUAUGUAUAAAUUAAUAUUGGAUCUCACUUUCUUUGUCCAAUCUUCUUCUUUGAGAGUCGAUGGCAAUCAAUUUUAGGGGCCCAGAUUUUCGCCAUGCCCAAUCUGGUCUAUGAAAGGAUAUAUCUUAUCUAGGGGAAAAAAUUACGGCCAGGUAGCACGCUUUAUUGAAGUUUUUAUAAAGCCCUCUUAAUUUUUCAAUAUUUUUCCUUGUACAUUUGAAAAAUUUGCAUCCUCUUUUUUAUUCAAGUAGGUAUCUUGAAAUUACAGUCACAUCCAAGGUACGAUCCAGGAUACAAAGUUUGUAUUUUUAGUUUGAAAUUCCAGUAGCCUAUAAUUCCCCAAAUAAAAAUACAAAGGUAUACUCAAAUGGAGUAAAAAGGUAAUUCAAUAUUAUAUAGUUUCAAAAACUUUUGGGUCAUUAAGUCCCAAAAAAAAGUAUGUUUCCUCAAAAUAUUGUAAUUAAGAGUUUAAUUAGCAAUAUUGAAUUUUAUCAACGAAUCUAGCUUUUACAGAUUUUGAAAAUUUUAUACAUUUUUGUCGAAGGUACCUAGUAAAUACAGUUUUGAUGGUAAAAUUAGAUAGUUCACUUUAUAGAUGGCGCUACUAAAAAUAUAAUUUGAUUAGGUAACGCAAAUAUUAACGGAAUUGUUCAAAAGUGUUACCGCGGCGCUGGUACAUAAAGGGCUUAAGAAAGAACAUGAUGGGUUUUAGUCAGUAAGAGUCUGACACUCACGCUGCACCCACAGCGGGGGCAUUUGAUGAUUUCCCAUAAAAAAGUAUCUUGUUCAUUUAUGUAUUUAUUGAAGUGGUAAACUGUUUGACGCAUGGAUCAGCAUUUUCGGCAUACAAUGGUUUAAAAGUGGCGCCAUCUAUAGUAAAAAUGUCUACUUCCUUAUAACGGUUGUCUAAGCUAAAAUAAUGCGGAAGCUGCCAAAUGAACAAACGCACACAUAAGCAAAACAAUAAUGCACGUAAGUCUGACACCAGUCUAACCAAGGUGUAUUGGGUUGCCCGGGUAACUGGGCUGAGGAGGUCAGACAGGCAGUCGCUCCUUGUAAAGCACUGUUACUCAGCUGCAUGCGGUUAGACUGGAAGCCGACCCCAACAUAGUUGGGAAAGGGAUCGGAAGAUGAUGAUUCGUUUGUUUGUGUGCUUAAAUGCGGUAGCGGGGUGCAUCAUUUCAGCUCAGACAAUCUCAACUUUAUAUCUUUAAUCUUGCCUUUUUUGUUAUAUAAGAAAGUUUAUAUGUAUAUACAUAGCGAGAUUUAUUAUUAUAUUAAGCAAAGGAUUUUUUUUGUAUAUAAUAUUUUUUUCAUAUAAGAGAAAUUCCAGUUGUAUAGUUAUUGAUAUUCGAAUGGUUUAUAGCUUUUGGAAGUGAAGCCAUUCAAUGAAAUGCAAAUAAUAUGUAUAUACCGAGGUCGCCGGAAGACCCUGGAUGCAGGUCGCCUCCAACAGGUAUCUGUGGAGAUUUAAGGGGAGGCCUAUGUUCAGCAGUGGACGUCCUAUGGCUGAGAUAAUGAUGAAAUAAUAUUUUAAAAACUAGUUUCGGCCAGUGGUCGCAGUCGCUUCCUAAGGGAACUAAUUCCUGAUCCCGGAUGAAAAGUUUUUAUAAGUUAUUCUGAUGUGUAAGAUAUACUACUGCCAAGUUUCAGAUAAAUCCACGCAGUUUUUUUUUCGUUAAAGAGUCCCAAAUAUCCAUGCUUUUACCCAUGAGUGGGAAGUUGUUCCCAGAACAAAAGUAGUUAUUAUACGUUAUUUUGACCUGUACACUAUAUUACUGCUAAGUUUCACGAAAAUCCUUUCAGUAUUUUUUGCGUUAUAGAGUAACAAAUAUACAUAAUCCAGCUUUUCAUCCUUGUGAGGGAAGUAGGUCCCGAGAUGUGACUGAAACCGCGGGCGUUAGCUAGUUUUUAAUAUUAAUAUGAUUUGCAUUACAUUGAAUAGCUUAUUGGGUGCUGCCAGACUAGAUUUUUCUUGUAUAUAAAUAAAUAAAAAAUAUUUUAUAAGAAAUUGUUGAUUUAUCUGUUAAAUUGUUAUAUGUUUAAAAACUUUAUAUUCUGAAUUAAUAAAUACAUAUAAUUAUGUUAGUAUAUUUCAGCCAUUACUUAGUUCUGUGAAUAUUAUUAUUAUAAGGCUUUUUUUCUAGUCUGGCAAUACUGCGGAGGUGCAAUUUAGCUUGUAUAUGGCAAUCUAAGAGUCAGGAGUUAUUGUAGUCUGUUAAAACUGUUAUUUCUUAUAAAAUAUUUUAAGAAUAAAUGAAUUUAGGUGUCAAGUCU